AUGGUUGCCCAGGUGUAUGGCAAUGAUUGCCCUGAUAAAUGGCAAUGGUUGCCAAGAUCAAUUGCAAUGGUUGCUCUUAUAACUAGCAAUGGUUGCCCAGAUGUCGGCAAUUGCUGCCAGGAUGUAUGGAUGGUCGCCCAGAUGUAUGGCAAUGUUGCCCAGAUUGCAGUUUUUGGUCAGAUAAAUGCGUGCCAUCCUUGGAUGAAUACACAAAGUGUUGGUGUCAGAGACCUGCAAGUGCCUACCAUCUACCCAGUCAUGCAUGUACCACCUACACAUCAUAGAAAUGCUUGUCUUUCUUGGAUGAAUACAAAAAGGAAUGGUGUCAGAGACCUGCAAGUGCCUGCCCCAUCAUCCAUCAACCAUCUACACAACAGAAAUGCGUGCCUUUCUUGGAUGAAUACACAAAGUAAUGGUGUCAGAGACCUGCAAGUGCCUGCCCUAUCAUCCAUCAACCAUCUACACAACAUAGAAAUGCGUGCCAUUCUCCAAUGAAUGCUCAUCCAAAGUGUUUGUGUCUGAGACCUACAAGUGCUUACCAUCUACCCGCUGUCUUCCCAUCCUGCACCUGUUUAGAUGUUUGAGGGUUACAAUAGAGGUAUUUAACAUCCCGGUGGUUACACUAACAUUAAAAAAGUGGGCUGUGUUUGCAGCACUUUUACAGACGGCACCCCUAUACGCCACAUGCCACAACAUUUUGGGGACUUCAUGCUGGCAUCAGCCUAACCCAAAUGAAUGGUUUUCCCUACAGAUUGAUAACAGACUUAAAAAAUAUAAACAAGUUUUGAUUAACAAUACCCCUUUUUAAAACUAUUUAAGUCAUUAAUUAAA